UUCAAUCUAUCAUGGAACCUCAACAACAACAACAACAACCAAACGAGGAUGGCGGCAGUGGGAAAGGGGGAUUCCUAUGCAGGCCAAGCAGUACACGCUGGACGCCAACAACUGACCAGAUAAGAAUUCUAAAGGACCUUUACUACAACAAUGGAGUUAGGUCCCCGAGCGCUGAGCAGAUUCAGAGGAUCUCCGCUAGGCUCAGACAAUACGGAAAGAUUGAAGGAAAGAACGUUUUUUAUUGGUUUCAGAACCACAAAGCUCGUGAAAGGCAGAAGAAAAGGUUCAACGUCUCUGAUGUCCCCAUGCAAAAAGGACUAAUUGCUACUGGUGCUUGGAAACCUGAAGAAUCCCCCAUCCACACCAAGUACUCCAUGACUCCUGGGGUUGCUGCUUCAUCUUCUUCUUCACCUGGGGUGAUUCCUUUGGGGCAUACGGGGAACUGUGGAUAUGGACCUCUGACCAUGGAGAAGAGCUUUAGGGACUGCUCAAUAUCAAGUGGAGGUAACGGUGGUGUUGGUGGAUCCAUUAGCCAUAACUUUGGAUGGGUUGGGGUUGAUUCGUAUUCUUCAUCCUACGCUGAUGUCUUUGACAAGAGAAGAUCAAUGGAAGAUCAAGAAGAAGCUGCUCCAGAGAUAGAAACUCUCCCACUGUUCCCCAUGCAUGGUGAUGACGGCAUCAAUGACUUCUGCAACAUGAAGCCUUCAUCCGGCGGUUACUACACCGGCUGGUAUCGGUCCGGCGACGAUGGCAAUAGCGGUUCUCGCACUUCCCUCGAGCUUAGCCUCAACUCCUACUCUCGCAGAUCUUAAUUAAUUAAGCUGCUGCCUUGGUAUCUCUAUGCCAAUUAUAAUAAACAUGGCCUAGCUAGUUUGA